CACUGCAUGAAUCCAUCCCAUGAUAUCGCCGCGGAAGACGCUCGACGCGCGCUUAAUAUUAUUCUCACGAUCCUGAUCACCUUAGAGGAGCUACUUGGAAGGCUUUUAGACUCGAGGCUGCGACUACAAUGGCAUCCGACCUGAAGCAAGGUCGGCGGCGGGCCGCGAGUGGCGCCGGCUCGUCUUUCAGAACAGGACACUCUCGCCGCAAGUCGCGGGCAGUGAUCCAGCCCAAAUCAGCACACACAUCAGACGAGUUCCUGCAAGACUUCCUCGACCCGAGUUUCGAUGCCGCGCAGUUCCUCAAUUCCACGUUGCCGCCGCUGCAGCAACGCUCCGUGCCUGGUCGGUCCGGGUCCGAAGUCGCGCCCCUGGCCGAGCUGUCCACGCAGGCCCAGGCCCUCAUCUCCCAGCUCAACGCCCAGACGUCACGGCUGUCCACCACGUUGACGCAGCUGACUGACGACAUUUUGAGGAGUGGAAGCCGUCUUGCGUAUGAGGUGGAGCUGCUUCGCGGCGAGACGUUGAGUCUCACCGAGAUGAUGAACGAGACGCUGCAGGACGAUAUCAAGAAGUUUGUCCCUGGAGGGUUGCAAGAGGCUGCCGAAGCAAAGAACACCACGGCAGUUUCCGCCGCUACAAAGGAUGAUAAGGGAACGGCGCCGACAACACCAGCCAAGGGCGUCGACGGCAUACCAGAUGGAUCAGAUGACCCGGAAUACAUCAAGCAAUUACAAACACUAACUCUUGUGCGGGCUCGCCUCGACUCUGUCAUCAAGACUUUUGGGGAUGCCAUGGAAUUCGUCUUCCCACCCUCCGAGCUCUCUGUCAGCUCGUCCUUCCUAUCAGUUUCAGCACCGGAGCCCGGAUCACAACAGCAGAGCUCGGAAGACAAAGGGCAGGAGGUCUUGAAGAAGCUGAAGGAAGAAAUAUCCGAGUUGCUGACGAAAUCGGAGGACCCCGUGGAGGGUAUUGAGAAGGCGGCGCAGCGAAUUGAGCAGCUGAAGGAGCUCACCGCGGUGUGGAAGAACACGGCGGAGGAGAAGGGCAGAAACAAGUUCAUCGAGGGCCUGGCUAAGAUGGUCGAGGACCGACAUCGCGAGCUUGUAAAGGACAUGGAGCAGACGGUAAAGAGGGACGGCAAGCCGGAGGCGUCUCACGCGCGCAAAGCGAGCCUCGUGAGAGACGCGGUGGUAGUGGAGGACACAAAGGCAGGGAGCGGCUUUGGACUUAUCAGCCAGCUACAGAAGCUCCGGGGCGGGCUAUGAGAUUAAUGAUAUGAGGCAUGUUAAGUUCGGAUGAAUGCAUGUCGUGUGUAUUUCCAUCUGGUGUUUGCAUGGGGGUCUGUCAUUCAGAUCAACUUACACUGAGAGCGGAGUGAAUAAAUGAUGAACCGAAUUGCACUGUU